UUACGGGAAUAGGAGGAUGGCCAUAAACAGAACUGUGCUAUCUGCAAGAAAUACAGAUCAUUUAACCGAACUUUGCCUGUCGUGUACUGAUUUGAAUCCAGGCAAGAGUUCCUGAGAGAAAACACCGUUCAUCGGAGGUUUAACCGCAGCGUUUAUCAGAUGGCACUGUCAGGAUGGAUCUGUGUGGUGACUGGUGCUUCCAGAGGAAUUGGAAGAGGUAUUGCCCUUCAGUUAUCUGAGGCUGGCGCUACUGUGUACAUCACUGGUCGACAGGAGAAAACUCUGAAGCAGACAGCAGCUGAGGUGACAGAGAGAGGUGGCCAGUGUCUCCCAGUGGUCUGUGACUCAUCUAAAGAGGAUGAAAUCAAGGAGCUGUUUGAACGUGUCCAGCGUGAGCAACAUGGCAGACUUGAUUUAUUGGUGAAUAAUGCCUAUGCUGGUGUACAGGCUAUCAUGAACAACUUGAACAAAAAGUUCUGGGAGGUGGAUCCAGAUAUUUGGGACACAAUCAACAACACUGGACUCAGGGGUCACUAUUUCUGCUCAGUGUAUGGUGCACGGAUGAUGGUGGCUCAGGGCAAAGGCUUGAUUGUGUUCAUAUCAUCCAUGGGUGGUCUGCGCUAUCUCUUUAAUGUACCCUAUGGGGUCGGCAAAGCUGCAUGUGACAGAAUGGCAGCGGACAUGGCAAUAGAGCUGAAGAAGAAAGGUGUGGUUUCUGUAAGCCUCUGGCCAGGGGCCGUUCAGACUGAGUUAAUUAAUCAGUAUAUAUCUUCUGAUGAGGCUCCUCCAGGAUUUGAUCCAAAAUUCAAGGAAAUGUUCAGCAAGGGUGAAACGACGGAGUGUAGUGGACGAUGCAUAGUUGAGCUGGCCAAAGAUAAAAGUCUGAUGUCAAUGACUGGGCAAGUGUUGAUGACCUGUGAGCUCGCUCGCCGCUAUGGAUUCAAGGAUGUUGAUGGUCGCAGUGUUAUGGACUACACCUCUCUGAAGUUCCUCAUUUCCCAGGUGCCCUAUGUGUCCUGGCUGUCCGUAUUCACUCCUUCAUUCAUCAGAGUGCCUCGUUCCAUGCUGAGCCUUGGCAAAUUCUAACACCUCUUGGUGCAAAGACUGUGGCUAUUUUUGAGGCUGCAUCCACAGGACCUAAAUCACAAUCAAAAUAUCAUGGCCAUCAAAGCAAUGCUGCUCUUACCACAUUCAGCCUGUGUCAGCAGGUAAAUUGACACAAAGAAAGAACAAAUCUGGAGAUUCUCUAUCCAUUUAUUACUGUGUGUGAAAGUAAUCUCACAGUAACACUGGAGCUCAUGAGCUUGUGUGCUUUAUAUAUGAAUAGAACACCAGUCCGUUAUUGCCCAACUCUCACUUUUACAUGGUUAUUUUACAUCUCAUGCCGGAAGAACACAAUGAUACACUGACUUAGUGUAGUUCUGACUAACUCCUUAUGUGAUCUAAGACGGGGCUUGACAAGAAGUACGACCGAGGGCCAGAGAGAGUGUUUUGCGCCAGCUGCCGUAAAUGCUUUUUACAUAUGUUGAUCAUGUAUGUGUUUUUACUUCGUUGUUUUAAAUAUGCCACCAAGAUAGUCAUUUAGCUGGCUAUAAAAUUGUCAUUAAUUUCUUGCUACUGUUGCUAAUGAAAAACGAUUAAAUAAGAAGACCCCCAGCAUAUAUAAGCCACAAUGUCUGGGCGUCAAAAAAUCAUACUUUUCAGUAUAUUUAUUACUUGUAUCAGAAAAAAAUGUCAUCUCAUUUCCGUAAUACUGACAGUGAUCUUCACUGCAAAAAAUAAUUCACAUUGCACAAGUGGAAAAUAUGUGUGUAAGGCACACCCAGCCCUGAGCUUGUUGAUAACAUGGUAGUUUUGAGUGUGGCAAAUGUCAAUGACAUGGUCACUUCUAUUUGCAAUGUAAAUUCCUGAACAGUUAACCAAACAUGUUUCAAAACAAAUGGAAGAAAACAUAGAACUUUCCGAUAACACUGAAAUCUGAAAUAUUGUAGCAUUUUGAGAUCAAAUACUACUCAAAUUUAUAAUAAAACAUUUAAUAUUUUGGGACAUCAGAGCAUUCACAAUUUGGUAUUUUUGGGGUUGCAAAAAACAAAACCGAAAAAAAAAAAACUGUCAUUCUGAUCAUGCAAGUCACCAAUGUUUUGAGUAUCAGCUACUGAUGAAGAUAUGUUCAAAGGCUUUCUCGACUGAUUAGUUGGUGGUGUAUACUGUAACAAGAUAUAUGACAGUGAAGCCUCUGCCAGUCCAUUUGCACAAAUGAUGAUGCUUGUCACUGAACAGACCAAUUAACAUUUCUCUGAAUGUGGUUUGCCACUUAGAUUUUAAUAAUGAAAUUAAACAUUUACCUUUUUA